AGACGCAGCUUACAAAUACAUAAUGCGUGAUACGUUGGUCGCGUGUAUAACGGAGGAAACCAUCAUGACGCUGAAGUUAACUUGUAUUUUAAUCGUGUUUCCACUUGUUACUGGUUCUGACGUGAUGACUUGGAGACACGAGAAGCCUGAACAGUGUCCGGAAAAGGUGCCUACUACUCUCACACCGAUUAAGACUGCCGCCGCAACGAGUUUGAUCUACUGUGCGUUAAAGUGCACCGAAUAUCCAAGCUGUCUGUCUUUUUACUAUAAACAGGACACCGACAACUGUAUGAUGUAUCCCAAAGCUGCUGACAAAGAUUGUACGGGUUUCGAGGAUAAGGCUGUCGCUGCGAAUGCAGGAUAUUUUGAACUUCAGAAGAAAUGUAGCGGCUCAAGUUGUAGCUGUGCUGAGACUUUCCGAGGAAAAGAAUGCAAUAUCAAUGCUGUUGACGCUGCGUCCUUCCUGCCUAUGGAAGAGGUCAAGGAUGGCAAGCUUGUUGGUCAUGGGUUCACACCCGCAGUGAAGAAUGCUGUACCGCCACAUACUGUUCCAAGAUUUGUCUCAGGAAUAGUCGGCAAGGCAGUCCAUAUAAAGCAUCCAAUCUACUUUGAUUUCGGACACCACCGCAGCCGAUGUUUCGGUAAUCCUGAUAAAUGCAAUAAUGGUUUUACUGCAGCCAUGUGGGUGUACAUCCUUAGUGCGACCGAUAAUGAAGGGUAUAUCAUAUCGAGCGGUGGCCAGACAUACCAAAGUAACAGUGGGGUAGCAGUGUUUCAUGUCAAGGCAGGAUACGUAAAAUAUGAAGUGAGAACGACUUCUCACAAAUAUACCGGGAAGGUCAACAUUGGGCUACUGGAAUGGUAUCACCUGGCAUUCACCUGGAGUGUUCAGGAUGGUCUAGAGAUCUAUAUGAAUGGGAAACGUGUAGUUCAAAACAAGACAGUUACGACCAAGGCGAUGGCUAUAGACUAUUUUAGUACUUUCAGCAUCGGGAAUUCGAACAACAACCAAAAUAGCUUGAGCAAAUUUUUUGGAAAAUGUAACAUUGAUGAUCUUAUUGUCUGGGAAAAAAGUUUGACGGCUCAGUCGAUUUCGGAGCUUUAUUACACACCUAACUACGGAACAACAGGACCAUGAUCGCCGGAUACAGACACACUGGCAAAGUGUAUGUGCGCCAUGCAUUUAAUAAAAGCUUAGUCAGGGGUGUAUAGCCAGCUUUUUGGUGCUGGGGAAGGUAGACUCUCUGGGCAGUCCAUUGCGUCAUCCUAAUUGGGUCUCCUUAUAAGGAACAAGGCCGGUCCACUGCGUCCGGAGUGUACCGGGGAAGGGGGCAAAAUGACACUUUUUGAAAAGAAGUAAAAAAUACAAGCCCGUUGGCUUCGAGGGCCGCAGCUAGUGAGGCUGAUGAUGGCUGAGGAGUGAUAAAAGGAGUAGCAAAGCCCGGUAACACACGGACUAAAACUCACCGGCCAGGCAAAAAAUUGCUACUCUCAUACCUCUAUUAUCUACUGAUUUAUGUGGGUUUUUUUAAUGAUUGCAUAUAUAAUUUGUUUGCGGAUAUAAAAUUACCUAUGCCAACACCGAGACAGUUUUAACGACGCAAUUUUUUUUCCAACAGUUGGUUUUUCAUGAGUUAUCUGGCUGUUUCAGUCAUAAAUUACACAAAUGGACAAGUGGAUUUAAUUCAAUAAAAUAUUCCGUUUGAAAAUCGACGACCAACUUCUGUUAUAUUGAAUAUUCAUUGGUUGGAGGUUGCAGAACUAUCAAUUAGAUGCGAGUAUGUUUUUAACUGUCAAGUGCAUAUUUGGAGAGGUACUGAAAAGAUAUUUGGUGUGGCAAGUCUAUACAGAUGUGUAACAGUGUCCAGAACACUGUUUGUUAUAUUAUUGGACCUAUCCAUUCUAGGCCCUAAAGCAUACCCAUUUGGAUCAGAUAUGUGGUUAGAUAUUUACGUGAGCCAAUCUGGUGUCAGUCAAGGUUGGCAAACCUGCGAUUACUGCAUUAAACGACAACAUAUUGUGUCGAUCACGAGUGUAUCAUCCCAUGCUAGCAUUUUUGUGAUUGGUCCUUUCCGAUGAUCUGAUGACACUUUUGACUCCCGAAGUGUAA